GAAAGAGAGAGAAGGACGUUCAUAACUGCGUGGCUCAAGAUGCCGGUGUGGUCUCAGUGUUUUGGUCCGUAAUAGAGUUCAACUAGUCAGAGUUGACAUACAGAGCAUCUGAGGAACCUCUACCUUGAAUCUGAGACCAGUCUUCAGUCUUCGGGACGGACAGCGGUGCUGAUUUUCACCUGUUAGUGCACUGACUGCUGCUCAUUUUGCCUGGGCUGAGGACUCAAGGCUCUCUGGGGGAGACUUACAGACUUUCCCGAGUUUGAACAUUGUAGUUUUAUCAAUGGAUGAAGCUGCCGAGUCGUUUUUCAUCGCCUGAUUUUUCAGCUUUUUCUGCUGUUUGUUUACUUCCGUCAUUUGUUUGGGGUUUUUUUUUCUAUCACUGACUCACUGUUGCUUGACGGAUGGACAGAUCUCCAAAGGUUUUCUUCAUCUAAUUUCUGGACGCGAGCUGAUUGACCCCAGAAUCUUACAAAGGCGACGGAGGGACUGUGAGUAGUAAUAAACGAGUACACGAUGGAGGCGGGUCCAGCUGGCUGCCCGCAAGUGUUUGUGGUGGACAGUCAGGCUCCUGUGACCCUGCAGCCCAGUGGGGUCAGACAUGCAUCAAACAAAAACAAGCCAUAUUUGCUCUACCUGCUGGUGGGCCUCGCUCUGCUGGGGGUCACCAUAGAGGCCAUUUUCAUCUACCAGCUGUACCAGCCGUCUGCAGCACAGGCCUCCUCAGAUACCAGCAGAACAGCCCAAAGAACCGGAGCGGAAGCAGGCCAGGACGGAAGUUCAAACGAAAUCCCUCCAGUCUGGAACAAGGAGACGAAAGAGCAGGAGGACAAACCAGCUGCAUUUCUGCAAGGCCUGAAUGUACCGGUACGUGGGGAUGGAGUGAUGCAAUGGCAGAAGGAUGGCUUGGAUCCAUUCGUUCGUGGAUUGGAUUAUAACGAGGGCAGCCUGCGCAUCCAGACACAAGGGUUCUACUAUGUUUACUCUAAAGUCUACUUUUCUGAGACCUGCGCUCUGUUCAAACACCAGGUCAAACGACGCUCACCACGAUACAACAACUCUCCCACUGACCUCAUGCAGAGCCUCAGGUACAGCUGUGUGGGUUCUCAGAGGCAUGAGCAGAACCGUGCGGAUGUGGGGAACAGCUUCCUGGGUGGAGUCUUCCUGCUUUACAAGGGGGACAGCGUGUAUGUGCAGGUCAAUGACAGUAGAGUGAUACGCGCUGGAGUCUACGAUAACUUCUUUGGUGUCUUCAUGAUCUAGAUACACAUACAAAUGUAUACACACAUGCAGACACAAAUUAAGUCUCCCUCCUCAUGUUCUCAAGUUGUCUUACAUCUUAUAAUUAUCAAGUCUUAUAUUUGUAUCAAUAUGUGUAUGAAUUUCCAGUGUUGAUUUUAUCCUGUACAACAUCAUGAUGUUAAAUUCCCAAUCAGGAAUUGUGUAGCAGCAGCCCAGCCACUCCAGGAAUAGGUCAACAUUAAAGUGCAGAGAAAGAAGUGCCCAAAAGAAAAGCCAGUGUUAAUAUUGUGUAUUUUUGAAGUACUUGCCCUGCGAUGGACUGGCGACCUGUCCAGGGUGUAUCCUGCCUUCCGCCCGAAGACUGCUGGGAUAGGCUCCAGCAACCCCUGCGACCCUGACGGAGAAGCGGCUUAGAAAAUGGAUGGAUGGAUGGAUGGAUGGAUACAAAAAUAUCAAAAAGAGGCCGGGCUUGUAAAUUACAUUAAUUACUGAUUGGGUAUUUACACUCAUUGGCUACUUUAUUAAAUACACCUACCUUGUCUCUACAUUUCCUGUCAAUUUAACCAGGCCCACUUACCAUAUAGGUGCACAUUGUAGGUGCACAUCUGUUUAGCCCUCCUUUACAUUCAUCAAGGGUCAUUACCAGCAGAUAUGAUUUAUUUACUUUAUAUUAUUAUGACCAUCAAUGUUUUGACAAUAUCUCUUUAUAGCAAUACUACUUAAAAAGUGAAAAGAUCUAAAAAGUAUUCAGCAAAGAUUUAAGGGAGGAAAUGCUCGAGAAGCCACGUCGAGAAAAGUACAGUCUACGGUACGAGACUACAGUAGGAAAUUCCUCAGCUCAGUGCUACAGCACUAAAAGAUCUCCCACUCAUAGAGGAACUGCGAGUAGACUCCCACCAGAUGACCAGAGUGUCAAGUGGGGCUGGGAAGUUGAAAGUUGAAGCAACCUCCCCCCUCAAGAUAUACCAAUACUGGACCAUAAAGGGUUUUUAAACUAGUGAGUAGCAUUUUAUACUCUACAUCUUAUUUUUCACAUGGCCACUGUAGAUUAGGAAUUAUAAUUAUGAUUAUGAGUUAAAUUUGGACUUGUAUCAGUGCGAGUGACUAGUGUAAGCCAGUUGUCACAACCAAAAUAUGAAGAACAGCCAUUUUGUCUUUUCAACAAAAAUCAAACCACUUUGAGAGCCGCCUUUAUGUCCAUUUUACCCUCUUGGUUGUAAAUAUGUCUCAGUAUGAGCCGAUGUCCUAACAUAGGCAAAAAAAUAUAAACAGAAUCGCAGACUUGUUUUGCUCUGCUUUAAGCUUUAGCUCAGCUGUAGCUGCUUUUUCUCACAUCUCCAACAGGAAACUUUUCCAAAAGUAGAAUAGCUUCUUGUAAAACAUCUGUCGAUGUUCAACAUUUUAUGAGGCUUUUUAUUCACCUGGUUCUUGUUCGAAUUUUCCCAUUUCGCCUUAAAUGGUACGUGAUCUGUCCUUCGACACCUAUAACUAAUAUCACUAGAACAGCCGUCCUGCAUCUCCACAAUAUCGCUACAUUAAGAAAUGCAGUAUCUCUACAGGACGCAGAAAAACUAGUUCAUGCUUUUAUUACUUCAAGGCUGGACACUGUAAUGUCCUGCUGUCUGGAUGUCCCAGCAAAAGCCUCAACAAGGUUCAG